CGAUGGAGACUUGUCUGUUUCCUUCAACAAAUGCUCCCAAGACAGCCAACUUCUUUGAAGCCUCGGUUGCCCAUCUGUCUCUCCUCUCUAUCUGCCCCUUUACUUCGUUCUAGAUGCUAUCAAUUCAAGCAUUGCCACUGCCAGAGCACAUACACAAAGGAACAAAAUAAAAAUUCAGUGCUUGUUUCUGUUUUAUUCUAUUUUAUGGUUUCUUCAAACCUGCAUGAACAGCUAUUACAAUGGAGGAUGUUGGUGUUGAUGAAUGUUUGACAACAUGUGAUGGGAUCUACGAGGGAGACUCUAACCACAGCCGCCGUCGCCAUCACCAUCACCACCAUCUUUUCUUGGCCUCAGCCAAGUCUCACAACAAAGCUCUGUCUCCGGCCACAAGUGUCCAUGAACUUCUCCAAUGCCCUGUCUGCAAAAACUCUAUGUUCCCACCAAUCCACCAGUGCCUAAAUGGGCACACUUUGUGCUCCAUCUGCAAAUUGAGGGUGAACAACCGGUGCCCGACUUGUAGAGAAGAACUUGGAGACAUCAGAUGUCUGGCAUUGGAGAAGGUAGCAGUGUCACUAGAACUUCCUUGUAAGUAUUGUUCUUUGGGCUGCAUGGAGAUCUUCCCUUACUACAGCAAACUUAAACAUGAAGCUCAGUGUAACUUUAGACCAUACAAUUGCCCAUAUCCUGGAUCUGAGUGCUCAGUAGUUGGGGAUAUUCCAUUUUUGGUUGGCCAUCUACGAGAAGAUCACAAGGUUGACAUGCACAUUGGAUCAACCUUCAAUCAUCUCUAUGUUAAGUCGAAUCCCCGUGAGGUAGACAAUGCAGCAAGGAUGCUUAUGGUGUUUAACUGUUACAGCCAGUACUUUUGUCUGCACUUCGAAGCCUUCCUACUUGGCAUGGCUCCUGUGUACAUUGCAUUCCUUCGUUUCAUGGGUGAUGCCGUUGAGGCAAGAAAAUUUGGUUACCGACUGGAGGUGGGCGCAAAUGGUAGGAAACUAAUAUGGGAAGGAACCCCUCGGAGCAUACGUGAUAGCGAUCAGAAGGUUAGGGAUAGCCAUGAUGGUCUCAUAAUCCAGCGUAACAUGGCACUUUUUUUCUCUGGUGGAGACAGGAAGCAGCUCAAGCUCCGGGUUGCCGGACGGAUUUGGAAGGAAAACAGCACCUAGAUGAGGGCUGCAACUGGUGGCGUCUGGAGCCCUUUGCUCCAUGGUCUGUUUG